UCACCGGGAGCCCCGCCCACUUGAGGCGAACUGGGCGAGUUCGGUUGGUGGAAACUGUCGGGUCCAGGCCUGUGGUUUCUCUGCAGCCUCUCAGCUCUCAGUCAAUGAGAGAGGCUCUGCUUGAGGAAACUGCGGCCGGACCGGCAGCAGGGCCGUGCUGCUGCUCCGGGGCCGCUGCGCCUGUGCACACAGCACGUCCGCGGACAGGCAGAGCCUGCCGCCCUCCUGCCCUGCCGGGGAUGCUGGGGCCGGCUCUCACCCUCGCCCUCCUGGUCCUCACCAGAUGUCAGAGCCAAGCGUCCUUCGAACCUCCGACCCCCAGGCUGGUAGAAUCGGGAGCACGUCUCCAGCUGCACGUCCCCCACAGCAUCCAGACAAAGGCAGUCUCUAUCAAAUGGAAGGUGAAGCUGCGUUCGCCGCCACAAGAUUUUCUGUUGCUCUUUUGGAAGAGUGGUCCUGAUUUGCUUCAUAAAAAGGAGAAAUGUCGUUCUAAUUUUAAAAAUACUCGCUGUUUUAUAAUGGAGGACCAAACUCUUGUCAUCGAGGAAGCUCAGCCCCAGGACAGUGGCAUCUACCUCCUGGAGGUCUCUGACGAGGAGGGAAAUUCUAAGACAUAUCACUUCAACGUGUCUGUGUUGGACCCUGUGCGGACCCCCCUGCUGCAGGGACAGCAGGAAGCCCUGGACGGAGGGGUGUGCCGAGUGACUCUGUCCUGCUCCAUCUCUGGAGGUGGUGAUGGGAGCUAUGGUGAUGUGAGCUACACCUGGUACCGAGGGAGUGAGCGGGUCCUGGGCCGGGGGAACCUGUUCACGCUGGAGGAGCGGGUCGACGGCGGCCCGCAUACGUACACUUGCCAAGUCAGCAACUCUGUCAGCUGGGCCAACCAGACGCUCAGGCUCAGCCACGACUGUCUCCCGGAAACCGGCCUCCUGCCCUUUUGGGUGAUCAUCGUGACUCUCGCCGCCGUGCUGCUGCUGGGCUUGGGCGCCGUCACCUGGGUCUGUGUGCGGAGGAGGAGGAGGAAGCGGGCAGACCCGGGCCCCGCGGAGUCUGUGACGGUUUACGAAGACGUCAACCACCUGCGCACCAGGAGCGGCCACGAGCAGCGGCAGGAGCAGCGGGACGCCCCCUCGGCCGAGACCACCAUCUACUCCAUGAUCCUGGCCCAGCCGUCCGAUUUCACGUCACAAAGAACUGAAAAUACGCUGUAUUCAGCGGUGCAGUACUCCGGGAAGCCUGGCUCCAAGAAGCGGAAGCAGAGCCCCGCCCUGGCUGCCACGGUCUACGACGAGGUUGGAAGGUUACACGCUAAAGCUCGGAGCCCCGUGCUGAGCCGCAAGGAGCUGGAGAACUUCCGUGUGUACUGCUAGUGGCUGCGGGGGCUGUCUGCCAGCCUCUGCUCUGGGCAUCAGCGCGAUGGAUGGUACCCCCCGAGUCUCAGAAGAAUAGUUCCUAGUCUGGGGAUCUGUCCAUGGACUGUACUUGGUUUCGAAAAUGAUUUCUAACAGCCAUUAGAAAGCACGGUUGUUAAGUGAUGUCUUUCACUUUACAGAUCAUGCGAGAAUGGGUGGACAGGUGGGGCAGCUCACGCAGGACCACAAGCCAGUCCAGGUGCUGGAACCCUGUCACGUCCUGUGCAAAGGCAGGGCGUUUUCUUAGCAUCAAGGUUCCCUCCUCCUGUUUUCCUGUCACUUGUGUCCCCUCCUGUCCCAUCUGGGACGCUCACAUCUGCAGACCCUGCCCUUGCCCGGGCACACCUUCCUGAGAGCAGGAACAGCCAAUGGCAGCUCAGAGGAAGGGCAGCGGCUCCUCCGUGAGGGUGGACCCACUGGCUGUGGGCGGGUUCCCCGAGGGGGCCAGGCCUGGGCUUCACUCAAGUCCGGAGACAAAACUGCCUCCACUCACAUUGCACAGCUUUGCCUCUGGCCAGCUGUUCACAGAGGAGUGGGAAGGGCUCCCGCCCUCUGUGAACAGCAGGCGUAGGGGUGCAGCGCCAGCCCAUCUCUGAGCGGGAAGCCACCGGGAGCACAGGCGUCCCAGUAACCAGCUGUGAGGCCUGCGGCCGCCGCUGGGGAUGAAACAGAGUGAUUUUUUCUUACUGUGCACUUUUUUUUACUGCUGAAUUUUUAUAAAGCCAUAUGUGUGUGUUACUCUUGAUGUAUUUUUAAGUGCUUAAAACAUCUCUUCCAUAUAACCCUCCCAUUUAUUUACCCGAAAGAACUUUCCGUGUUGUCAGGCCCUCUCCCCAAAGUGUGGCUCAGCCCAGAAGCCCGGCGGCGAGUGGCACUGCCACCUGCGCAGACUUGUGUUCAUGGCACCGUCGCGGACACUCGUGCCACACAUGCCUCUGCGUCGCAGGCACUGCCUGGGGCUCCGCUCUUCCCACUCGGCCACGCGUCCUUGAGCUCAUUCCGCAGCAGCUCACGGCGCCCGUCCGUCCUUUCCUUUCUCCACAAACGCAGCCGGGUUUGCCUUUGCACAUAGUGUAAUGCAUUCGACCGGGUCCCCACCAAAUGAACGCUGAGGUCAUUCCCAGCCCUUUAUCAUUAAAAAUGCUGCCGUGGACAGGAUUUUACAUCGAUCUUGUGUCCGUGAGUGAGAACCUCGGUUGCACUGAUUCCAGCAGAUGCUCAUAAGGCAGUGUGAAGGUCCAGUUCUCCUUCUGCAGCCUCCGGCCAGCCCUGGCCGCGCUGGGGGGUGCUGCGUCUGCGGAGGGGUGAGGGGAGAUGUCACGAACCCGAGAGCACAGCGCUUGUUGUGCCACCCAGGCCAGAGGUUUCGGCUCUCGAGAGCUCUUGCCACAGGCUAAGGUUUUCCUGUGAGAGCAUCAUCUCUGUGAUUUUUUGGAUUGGUGUUUGCUUUUUGAUACUUCAACAUUAUCUUAGCUCUCUAAGAGUGUCUAAACCUAUAGAGAAUUUUAAGAAAAAUUUAUGAAGAGACAAACAAUACACCUGGAAGCAAGAUUUCAACAGGCUGAGAUAACAUAUUUCUAAGAAUAACAGUUUUCAGCUUAUUUCAUGCCUUGCAGAUGAAAGGAAUGUAAGAAAUAUUACAUGAAGGAGGGAGAAAGCAAGAGGUGGGUUGGAUUACAGGACACUUAAGAUUAUGUGCUAUGUGCUGUCCUGAGAGUGUCACCUGCUUCAGGAGGGGUCUUGGCUCUGGACUUUGAACUCCACUAGAAUCAGUCUUCAGUUUAAACACCUGUAAGAUGGAGUUAACAGGCCUUCCCCUGUCAUGUAUGAAAUGGGAGCAAUAGGUAAAAUGAGGCAUGCGAGGGGCCUAAAUUAGGAAUUAUGUAGAAACGAGCUUAUACCGGGGAUCUGGAAUUUCAUUUUAUUUUUUUCUUUAUUUUAUUUUUUAGAGAGGGAGGAAGGGAAGGAGAAAGAGAAGGAGAAGAACAUCAGUUGAUUGCCGCGGGUGUCGUGGCCCACAACCCAGGCAGGUGCCCUGACCAGGAACUGAACGGUGAGCCUGGAUUGCAGGCCGGCAUUCAGUCCACUGAGCCACGCCAGCCAGGGCUGGAAGCUCGUGUAAAUGAGGUAGAGCGCAGCCCUUUGGCAGGAAAGUGCUCUUUGCUGCCAUCUCGUGGGGAUUUUUGGGAUAACACAGUGGACAUGAGUAAUAAAAAGGUUUUUUUUCUAUCGUGGGCAUCUUGGGAAAAACGGCAGAAAACGUCUAUCUAGUGUGCAACUCGUGAAUAACACCCGAAUGGAACUCAACAGGAAAAGCUGUUCUCUGCUGCCAUCUAGUGUCCAUCUUGGGAAUAACACUUGAGUGCAAGCAGUGUUCCUGCACCAGUAAACUCGAUGUAUUCCUGCCUGUGAAUUUACGUUUAUCGCGUGCCACGAGAAGUAAUAUUUUUGCUACAUUUAGAAUAAAAGAAGUUCAAAUAA